GUAACAGUGUGUAGACGCGUCUAUUUCGCUCUCGUUUUCUCUCUUUCUCUCUCUCUCUCUCUCUGUCUCUCUCACUCUUACGCUCUUUAUCUCUCUCCAGUGGAUUCCGAGUUUUAAGGCCGAGAGAGGAUAAGUGUUGGUUUAUACGAUUAAACCGGAGGAUCUGGUUCAUGGUUUAGCAAGGAGAGAAAUUCGACAUAGACAACACCCCAGAGACGUGGAGAACAGAGAGAGAGAGAGAGAGACAGACAGACAGAGACAGAGAGAGACAGAGAGAGAGAUGGCACUUCAGUGGUACGGCCUCCUAUUCAUGAUCCUUGGCUUCAGGCAGGCCUUGACUGAAGCAGAAUUAACCGAGGUGUCCCCUUUCAACCGUGAGUAGAUUCGAAACCUUUGAAACGCAAGAUCGAACGUCUAAGAUAGGGCACCCUUGCUAUGACCUACCUACAGGCAUGGCUACUCUCACAGGGCCCGCCUUCGACAGCGCAGCGUCCUCCUCCUCCUCCGUCGUGCAGGUCGUGGAAGGGACGACAGCUGUACUGCCCUGCGUCGUCAGGAACCUGCAGAACCACUCGAUAUCAUGGCUACGUGGGCGAGAUACACGUCUCUUGACCAAUGCCUUCCUCACGUACACGUCUGACACCCGUUACGUCCCCAUCAACCCGGGAGGGGGCGACCAGUGGUUCCUCAAAAUCCACUACGUCCGGAAGUCAGACGCCGGAAGUUACCUGUGCCAGGUGUCGACGGGACCUCCCAUGACCCUCGAGGUCAAUUUGAGGGUACAAGAGGCAGUCGCUCGCGUCUUCCCGAGCCGCGAGGUCUACGUGCAGAUCGGAAGUCGCCUGGAGGUCAUGUGCCAGGUGGAGGGAUGCCCCCUGCCGGCCCUGCUGUCUUGGACGAGGUCAGGACUGGCCCAGUCCACUCCCAAGGCCCACGCCUUCGAGAGGCCUGGGGAGGACACGGCUGUUCCCGUCACCCAGCUCAAGUUGGUGCGCGAGAAUGCCCGGGUGACCGAUUCCGGGACGUACACCUGUUCAUCCACCUGCACUCAGCCGAUCAACGCCACUGUGCAUGUGUUGAGAGGAGAGGAACUGGCCGCCAUGCAGCACCAAAACUCCUGCCGCAGAGGUCAGGAACCUCCUGCAGCCCUCCUGACGGUGUCCCUGUGGCUGGUGGUGACCUUAAUCCCUCGGUAUAUCCUGAAGGGAGGCGCCCAAUACGCGCUGCCGUUAUGUGAGACUCUUCGAUGACCAAAUCGUGACCCCAAAAAAAAAAAAAAAAAAAAAAAAA